UCGGAUUCCCAUCACUAGGAAGGAGCACACCUGUUUGGCGCAAUGGACACCCCGAAAUCGGCGUCGCGCAGUUCGGGGAGCCCGAUGGCUAGGUCACCAGCCACACCUUGCUGUGGCUGGGACGAAACAGAGCUAAAGGCAUGACAACCUGUGGCUGCAUGGUGCCUGCUUAAAUAAGCAGGCACAGCUGCAGGUUGUCAGCCUUAAUUAGGAGGCCUCUAAUUUAAGGCCUUUGUUCCAGAGGAUCUGUAAUUCCUGUGACGCCGGGGACCAAGAAUAAUGAAGCUCCUGCUUGUGACUGGUUCUUUCCCUGCUUUUGGUGGAGGAAUCAUGAAGCUCCUACUUGUGACUCUGGUUCUUUCCCUGCAUGUAGUAGGUGGUUCUGCUCUUCAGUGUUACAGAUGUGGUGGUUUUCAAUAUCCUUGUGUUGCUGAAACUUGCAAUAAUGGAGACAUCUGCAUGAAGACACCACAGCUUCCCUAUAGUGGAGCUAUUUUAAUGAAAUGCGCCUCCAUUAUAGAGUGUCGUCUAGGAAGAGAGAACAUCUGCUGCCAGACUGACUUCUGCAACAGUUAACUUCAAAUACUGAAUCAUGCUUGUAAUACUUAUUAAACUGAGACUGCAAAUUAAACAGUUUAACCAUUAAGUAAAAUAAAGAUCUGCUUGUACU